AUGGUAGAAGCUGAGAGUUAUCAAAUGCCAUGUAGUUUGAGACGCUUAUUUGCUACAUUGUUAGUAUAUUGUGAUCCUGCUAAUCCAAGAGAAUUGUGGGAGAAAUUUAAGGACUCUAUGUCUGAAGACUUCAAAAUUUUACCAGACAUCGGAACAAAAAAAGUUCGAUAUAAAGUUUUAGACUGUCUCAAUGACAUCUUACAUUCGAUGGGACAUAACAUUAAUGAGUAUAAACUUAUCCCUGAAAAUUUCAAGGCUUCAAAGGUUGCCAAAGAAGCAAGAGAAAUAUUCUUCGAAAGAAACAUAAUCGUUACUGAAGAAGAGCUACUACUGCGACAAAAGUUGAAUUGUGAACAACAGAUGGCAUACAAUGUGAUUAUAGACAGAAUAUCUUCAAACAGAGCAGGAGCUUUUUUUGUUGACGGUCCUGGAGGAACAGGUAAAACUUUUUUAUAUCGUGCCUUAUUAGCUACUGUGCGAUCUAAAGGAUUUAUUGCUCUAGCAACAGCAACCUCUGGAAUUGCGGCUUCGAUUCUUCCAGGUGGCCGUACAGCUCAUUCCCGUUUCAAAAUUCCCAUUGACAUUCAUGAAAACUUUAGUUGCAAUAUUAGCAAACAAAGUUCACUUGCCUGUUUGAUUCGAGAUGCAAAAUUAAUUGUAUGGGAUGAAGUAUCGAUGGCAAAAAAGAAAAUGAUUGAAACUUUUGGUCUACUUUUGAAAGAUCUCUUGAAUACUAAUGUGCUUUUUGGUGGUAAAGUUGUUGUCUUUGGUGGUGAUUUUAGACAAACUCUACCAGUAGUUCGAAAUGGAAAAAGAGAAGAUUUUAUUCAUGAGAGUUUAUUAUAUUCUGACAUUUGGCCCCGACUUGAAAAAUUGCAAUUGUCAGAAAACAUGCGUGCAAAAACUGAUCCGGCCUUUUGUGAAUAUUUGAUGAGAAUAGGAAAUGGAAAAGAACCUCUUACUUCUGAAAACAAAAUUGAAAUUCCAAAUUCAUUUAUUGUCCCUUAUACUACCGAACAGGAAUCUUUGAAUGCAUUAUUUGAAACAACAUUUCCUAAUAUGCAUGCUUUCUUCCGUGAUGCAUCUUCUGUAACUUCCCGUGUUAUUUUGAUGACGAAAAAUGAUUUUGUAAAUGAAAUAAAUGAUAUGCUUAUAAGCAAAUUUCCAAAAGAAGCUAAAACAUUUGUUGCAAUUGAUGAAACAUGUGAAUCGAAUGAUCAAAGUCAGUAUGAAGUUUUUUUGCAUUCUUUAAAUCCUGCUGGUUUACCUCCUACAGAUUAA